CUCAGAACUGUUUCUGAACCCUGUCUGCAUUCAAGUCUGUGCAGUGAGUUCUCUGGAAUGUAACGGUUAUUUCGUAUUGGCAGCCCCUGCUCUCAAUGUUAACCUGGGUGCCAGAGAGUGGUGUGAUGAGUGUUGUCAUGGUAAUGAAGCCCCUAAGCUAGCAACAGUAAUUGAAGGAUGGAAUUAGGAAGACCUUGACUAACUGAUACAGGCCACCGUGUAAGGCUAUAUACAGUAUAUGUUGUCAAACGCUUGUUUAAGCGGUCUGAAUAUGGUCCGAAAUGGAUGAGGUGAUCUUGUUCUAAGUCAUUCUGUGGCUGAAGAUUCUGUACAACUCUCAUUGGAGCUGUAUGCCCAGGUGAGUGGUACAAGGGAGAGCCUUUGUGCUCAAGUUCUCUAUACUAGUCUAGUUCUCAAACGGCUUUCUUGAUCUAUUGAUUGAAAAAUGAACUGACAGUUUGAUAUUGAUAUCAGAGGCCGUGUCUAUUUGAGUACGGGUCACAUUUCACACACAAAGCAAGUAAGCAUUACACAGCUGAUUCUAAUCGAACACUUCAGCCAGUUGAACUUUCAAAGCUACUUAAUGGGCUACAUUAAUGUAUGGACAAGAGGCUUGGAACCGUAUUGUGAAAUACAACUCUGCCACCACCAUUCACAUGUGAUGGAGUAAAGCUGUUUAUUCACACACUCAUGCUCUGUAGGCCUCUAUAGGCUGCUAAAUCCCCUCCUGGCCCUCCCCAGCAGGGCCUCCAUAAAACAGGCCCAAGGGGCUUCUCAGCUACCGCACACCAACAUGCUCCCCCUCAGUCUCCUCACCGUGUUCUUCAUCGGCUGCGGCGUGGAGGACCACGAGGACCCGAGGAGGGAUGAGGAGGAGGUGGGGGAGAAGAGGAGGGAGGGGGAGGACGUGGACAAAGGGGAGGACAGCGGGAGGCCCGCGUACGACCUGUCCCUGUACAAACGGGGUGACCUCCUGGAGGUGCCCAGGACCCUGUUCAGCCACUUUGGCAUCUAUCUGGGCAACAACAGGGUGGCGCACCUGAUCCCAGACAUCGUGCCCUUGUUCUCCACCAACAAGGACGUUAUCAGCGAGAUGGUGACCAACGACCGCCUCAUCAUGGGGGUGAUCGCCAAGCAGGCGAGCGUGCGCGUGGACACGGUGGAGGACUUUGCCUACGGCUCAAAGAUUCUGGUCAACCACAUGGACCGGGUGUGCAGCCAGCCCGCCCUGGACGGAGAGGAGGUGGCGCACCGCGCAGAGAAGCUGCUGGGCUCUGUGGCCUACAGCCUGCUGUGGUUCAACUGUGAGCACUACGUCAUGUACUGCCGCUAUGGCACGCCCAUCAGCUUUCAGACCUACCAGUUCUGUAAGGCAGUGAGGAAGAUCUUCUGCAGCAGGAAGUGUGCCCUCUUGUCGGCCCUGACCGGCGUGGGCAUCAUGAGCUACCUCGGCUCCGUCACGCCACUCACCACCCUGCCCACCAUCCUCAUCCCCUUCCUCAUCUGGAUGGCAUCGUAGCCAGCUGGCAGCUUUGCCCUUUUCAGAUGGAUCGUUAUCAGAUCAUCACACUCUUGAUAAGGGUAUUUGCCAUCCACAUACAGAAGAGUAGGAAAAUAUGUAGAAUAUUUUUUUUAUGAAGGAUGCUUGUAACAUAUUGUAUUUAAAGAGAGUGUCACAGAAAGGUUUUUAUGGAGAAUGUGAACAUUUAGUUUGAAAGGUUAUUUAAAAGCUUUCUUAUGUGAGAAAA